AUGUCGUCAAAAGAAAAAUUCUUUUUAUCCCUCGUCGCAUUAUUAUUAUGCUUAUCCUUUGGAUCAACCGCACCUUUUCAUCACAUGUAUUAUCUUUCAUUAGGAGAUUCGUUUGCUGCGGGUGUCAAGCCUAUUUCUCCUCAGAAAGCGAUUACCCCAUCUUUUUCGUACGCAAACGUAUUGUAUUAUCUAUUAAAGAGGGAUUCUCGUUAUAGUAAUUUAAAAUUAAUAAAAUAUGGGUGCAGUGGCGCAACAAGUGAUGAUCUUAUUAAUCAGGACAAAUGUAAUAAGAACCAAACGAAUUAUAGUCAACUAGAUCAAGCCAUAGAUUUUAUGAAAUCACAUAGAGGCAUGGUGAAGUUCGUUACAAUUAAUAUUGGGGUAAAUGAUAUACACAGAUACUGUGAUAAUACUGGCGUGAAUGAUGAAUGUGUUUCAGAAGCAUCAGAAAAUGUAUCAAAUAAUUUAAAUGUGAUAAUUUCCAAAUUAAAGGAGGCAGGAGGAGAGUUGGUACAAUACGCAGGCUCUACAUACUUUCACAAGUUUACGAAUAGUUUAGAUGAUCUUUUAGUCAAAAUUUACAGUGAGAACGGUUUCAGAGUAGCAGAUAUUAGGACGGUUUUUGAUACAAACGGUGAUCCUUCUGAAUUCAGCAAGAAAGUGUGCUUAUACACGAACUCGUGUAAUAAAUUCAAUAACUCGCAUCCAAAUGUUCAAGGUUCAGAAGCAAUUGGACUUCUUUACUAUAAUGAAUUUAGUCGUAAUAAUGCGUCAUAA